AUGGACAAUAAAUCUCCUUACCGGGUACGGAGGUUCCUGCCAGAGCCUAUCGAAACCUCGUCGAGGUCUAGUAAACGCCAUGUCCCCGAAGUUCCGGAGAUCUGUCAAGUAUCUCUUGGACAAUCUAAAAGAGUGAAUGAUGACGAUCUACGACGUCUGGGACAGCGCGAUAUUGCUUGUGAGGUUGCUUUUGGUCCAGUGCAUUCACUUCUCAACGCCCAGAAACAUGAGCCACAGCCUUCAGAAGUCUCGAGGAUAAAGAGAAGAUUCUUACCACAACCUACAGAGACAUCUACCCGUAGCUCUAGGAAUCAUCCAGCGAUAUCCAGAGCAGAGGAUGGUAGUAAAUUUGUGAAGACACCACCUCCGGAGUCGGUACGCACACAUGACAUGUCGCCUACAGAGUCUGGUCCGUCGACCAAACCUCCAGCUCUACCGCAACACAUAGAGACAAGUCCCAUGGCCUCCAGAUCGUCGUUGCAGCAGCAUCUUCAGACUUCGACUGAACCGGAUUUUUUGAAUCGUCCAGCAAGAGAAUCGAGCAGAGACAGGGGUGGGAGUAAGCCUGUGAGGAGGUUUCUUCCAGAGCCGAUAGAGUCGAUUAAACUGAGCAGGCGCCAAGGACUUUGUAGCUCUGGAAAUCCAGACGAUGGGAAUUCGACCAAAUCGACGAAUCCUUCCAACGUUUCUCCCAAGAGGAAUACUCCUCGAAAGUUCGCCCCUCAACUUAUAGAGACUGCAAAGCGCUCGUUUCGAAAGGGAGAGGCUAGGGCUACGCUGGCUGCAAGUGGCGAAGAAUUGCCAGAGUACACUAACAGACUAAGGCAUACCCCGCUAUCUGGUAUAUCAUAUGAGCCGUUGGCUGAGAGUGAAGAGGCUAUUUCUCGACCGCCGGAAUCACGAUUUUCAUAUGCAAGCCUUCUACGGCGACAAGAGGAGAGGAGACACUCGUUUCGCGUGCCAGACUUGCCAGCUAUCCCAUCGAAUAGUAGCGAAGGCUCUGAAGGCUCCGACGUGCCUUCUCUUUCGACUUCGCCAUCUACGCCAUCUGAUGAGAGCUCCAAGCGUUCGAAGAUAAAAGAUCAGUUUCGGGAGAGUUGUGAUGAGCGUUUCUCAGGAUAUCUCCUCUCUCUAGCGGCACGCGCUGCUGAAAAACAGUUGAGAGACCAGGCUCUGGCUGCAUUUCCGAAUGAGCAGGUUCAUCAACCUGUUUCCCACUUUGCCAUCGAUAGAGAAGAGGAAGAGUCGGAUGGUGAGGAUCAAAAAGUUGAAGUCGUCCUACGUGAUAUCAAGGAUGACAUAGUUUCUUUUCGACGGGAGUCUAUCGCUGAUCUGCCAUGGGAACUCGAACAAAUGCGUCGGCAUAAAGAGGAAGCGGAACUGAGAGGUCGCGAACAGAAAAAUAUAGAUGUUGGUGAAUCAAGGUUUUCCGCGGCGGCUAUAGCGGCGCGGCGAGCUGUUAACAAAGCAGAUCAUACUUCUAAUGCGACUUUCCUUGGGGGAUGGCAGAGGGAUGUGGGUUUGGCGCAGAUGAAACAUGCUGCCAGUCCACCGAUGCUGGGAAGUGACCUAGUCUUUCCAUUCAGCCUUUCCCCCCAAGCGACCCAAUGUGAAAACGAUCAAGAGUUGGCAUCUCACCAGGAAUGCGACGGUAGAGAAGAUGGAAAAUCUCCAAGACUCUGGUGCGCGAGUCCUCGUAUUGAACAUGAAGAUGGGGCUGGCUUAUGGAAGGGAUUGUGCCGGAAGGACGAGGAGAUUAGCCAGUCGUCAUCGAAACGUUUCAGAUCCGGAAUUGUGACACCAAAUCCUGAUAUUGAUGGGGAAUCUUAUCUAAGUUUGAAUAACGCGGCUUCCUAUAGUCCGAGCGAUCAACUUAUAGCGCAUCCCGAAUCAGAAUCCUCUCACGAUCACACGGAUAAGAUGCUGAGUCUUGAGGAGGAAAUAGAUCGAGAAUUCCAUGAUGGGUUUGUUACCCAGGUCUAUAAUUAUCUUUCCCUCGGAUACCCAUCUUUGGCCCGCUACUACGACUAUGAACUCAGCAAGAUCUCCGGCAUACCUGUUGACGUUCUCAGGCGUGAUGACUUGCGCGCUGAUGCCAAGGGCUAUGUCGGUGUUCCAGAGGGUGUUGGGGUGAGUGAAGAAGGCGUCACAGGAGGUGUUUUGAGGAUCGCCGGGGAUGGAUGGCUGCACUACUAUAUCUUAUUACAGGGCAUACAGCCACAUGGUGUCAUGAGAGAACCUCAUGGCAUUCCUUUUUUGGUUGAGUCUGCAACGCGUUGCAAACUCAGCCAAAGGAUGAUGUGA